AUGCUCGUGUCGGCUUCCAUGGCGUAUGCCACGGCGCAAGUCCAGGCGGAUAGCCUGGCGGGAAUCCCGGGGAAACGGGAACGGAGGAUCGACGGGGAAUUCGUAACCCGAGAGCGCGAGGAACUCGGGCUCGCCGCAUACUCCCCCGCUUCGAGCCUCUCGUCGUCUGCGCGGCCGUCGCCGUUUCCGCGCAACGCCAUUCCAUCUCUUGACCUCGGCUCGCUGCCGUCGAACGCGGAUGCGCGAAAUCCGCCGCCCAAUGUCGCGCGCGGCAGAGAGGGAGCCUCUGCGGAAAAGCCGAAACUGACUGGACGGGCAGGCGCGGGGAGAGGAACUUCGGGGGAAGCGGCGGCUGGGGCAGCUGUGAAAUCGACUGAAAUCAGGGAAGAGAUUUUUUUCGGGGAAGGCGAAUCUUUCCCGAAAACGCUUCGUACAGGCGGUUACUUCGAUUGCGAAGAUGAAGUAGUUAUGCUUCAACACAAGAUAGAACCAUCUAUGGUAGAGGAGAACAACGGUAAAGCGGUUCAGCGUAAGGAGAUAGAGGAUCAAAGGCUUAGACUGGUUUUGGCGGACGAGGAGGAGUCGGAUGCGGAAGGACCGGUGAGUGCGCGGGAGGAGGGGGAGCUGGCGGCGGAGGGCGCAGCGGAAGAAACGGCGGAGGUAACAAUUGCGGAACGAGACGCCGAGACCGACACGGAGACAAAGGAGACGCGGCUCCGUCGAUUCCUCGAUGACUCCGUUGACUGCGUUGACUGUACCGAACCUGCUGAUUGUGCUGAUGGCUCCCGAAUGGAAGACUCGAGCGUGCCGGGAGCCGUUUCUGCUGCGGUCGCUGCUGAUGCUCCGACCAAGCGCACGCGGAAGAAUGCACGGAAGGCUCGGGGGAAGAAGGCGGGUAAGAAGUCCGCGGGAAAGAAACAGCGCAACAGCGUUGCGGAAAACGAACGGCGAGUGCAGCAUGCCGACGAGGCGGCAGCCGAGGCGCAUGCUGACGUGGCGUCCGAACCCACCUUAGCGAAGGGACCUAGCGGCUUGCUGGCGUCCCCGCUGGCGUCGGCUGCGGAGUCCGCACCGGCGGAAAGGACUUGCGCGGAGGCGGAAAGCAGGAGUGGAAAAGCAACGGAGGGACACGACGCGGAGCUGACGCGAUCGGGAGUGGCGGAAGGCAGCGCGAUGGCGGAAAACAGCGCAGUGGCGGAAGGCAGCGCGGGGGCGGAAAACGUGGCGCAACGCCUGAACGCCCAAGGCGCGGGAACGGCGGACGAGGCGGAAUCGAAAGCGGGAGCAACACACGAACAUCGUAAUCUUACCAAGGUGACUACUAGCGAAUCAUGCGGUGAUGACGUGGAGGAGGAGCUGCACGCGUGCCUGGCGGGAAUGGCGGCGGAAGAGGAGGCGGAUAUCCGGCGGGAGCUGGAUGAUGCGCUGAUUUUUGGUUCAAGCGACGGGGAAGCGGGAGAGGCGGAAGCUGAGGAGAACUGGGGAGAAGAAAGAGGAGCAGGAAGAGGGGAGGAAAGGAUGGGGAAAGGAGACCGUGAAGGAGAAGCAGAUGUGGAGUUUCUUAGAGAAGAUUGUGGAGAGAAAGGGGAGGGAGAAAGGCGGGAGACGGAGAGGGGUGAGCGGGGUUCGACUUUGGACGUUGGUGGAGAAACUGAAGGUGAGGGUAGCGAGUGUAACGAUACGUUUCUUGAGCUGGAAAUCGAUUUGAUUGCGCUGCAGGAAGAGGCGGAGAAGGCGGAAGAGGAGGAGGAAGAAGAAGAGGAAGAAGAGGAAGAGGAAGAGGAGGACGGGGCGGCGGGAAUUGCGGAGGAUGAGGCGGGGGAGUGGAAGGGGGGUGACCCAGAGGAGGAUACGGUACUGGUCGAUGGAGCGGGAGCGGAAGCGGAAGCGGAGGCGGAGGCGGAAGCGGAAGCGGAAACGGAGGCGGAAACGGAGGCGGAAGCGGAAGCGGAAGCGGAAGCGGAAGCGGAAGCGGAAGCGCCGUGCGAAGAUGAUGCAGACGCCUCGGGAAGCGCGGCGGAAGCAGCGGCGCUGCAGCAGCAGGAGGUGCGCAUCGAGGCUGCGGCCACUUCUGGGAGAGAGGAAGCGGGAGAAGCGGAUAAUAAGCAGGAAAACGGAGAAAAUCAUUUUUCGAAAGAGAAGGACCCGGAAUGUGUCUUUGAUGCGCCUCAGGAGCGAGUUCGUUCUCCGGAGCGAAUUCGUUCUCCCGAGCGGGCUCAUCUUGCGGAGGAGGAGGAGGACGCGGAAUGGAUUGCGCUGCUCGAGGAGAGCCUGGCCGAACGCGCGCGGGAGCGGCAGCGGGAGGCGGCGGAACGAGAUGCCGCGCAGGUUGCGGGCGGCGGCGGUGUAAAUCCCUUUGCGCUAGCGCUGGGGGAGAGCGAGGCGGAGGGCGAGGCGGAAGUGGAGGCGGAGAGCGGGGCGGAGGUGGAGGCGGAAGUGGAGGCGGAGAGCGGGGCGGAGGUGGAGGCGGAAGUGGAGGCGGAGGGGGAAGCGGAGGACGACGGGGAGAGUGAGGCGGAAGAAAUCGAGAUGAUCAGCCCGCGAGGAAGCGCGCUGAGCAGCGGAAUUGCGCUCGCCGCUCCGCCGUGUGAGGUGGUGACGGUUGGUGUAGAGGAGAGUGUGGACGAGAGUGACGUGGAUGACGACGAGAGUGACGUGGAUGAGGACGGGAGUGACGUGGAGGAGGACGGAAGUGACAUGGAUGGGGAGCAGAGUGACGUGGAGGAGAGCGACGCAGAAGCGGAUGAGAGUGAGGUGGAGGGGCAGAGUGACGUGGAAGAGGAGCAGAGUGACGUGGAGGAGAUCGAGAUGAUCAGCAACCCGCGGAGUAUGGGGGGAAGCGAGAAGGCGGGAGGAGAGUUGGCCAAUGAAACCAAUGGGGCUGAUGGGGUGGAGAUGAAGGGGAGGGGAGAGGAGAAGCAAGAGGAGGAAGACGAGGAAGAGGAGCGCGGGAGGGAGGAAGGGGAGAUGGAAGUGGAGGAGGGAGGCGCGGAAGCAGCUGUGCUUUCGCCCUUCCCGUCGCCCCUCCCUUCCCCACACCACUCCGACGCCUCUUGCCGGUCAAGUGGAUCCAAGCAUUCAGCCAAGUCAAUCAGGUCAACGGAAUCCAAGCACUCGGUCAAGUCAAAGCAGUCAAUGGGAUCAAGGCGAUCAGCAAACUCACGAACCUCACACGCGGGGUCAAACAAGUCAGACAGAUCCCCAAAAUCAAUCCAGUCAACGCACUCCAAGGCGUCAAACCGAGCAGCUGCCGCCCAGCCUUCCACCACUUCUGCCGCCCAGCCAUUCCAUCUCUUCACCACAGUGACGUCACCCACCAAGCCCUUCUCCCUGCCGGCCGCUGCUGACGUGGCAGUGUUUCGGUUCGCUGUCAGUGGAAAAGGAAAAUGCGGAGGGCGGAGAGCAGCAGCAGCAGCAGCAGCAGCAGCAGCAGCAGCAGCAGCAGCAGCAGCAGCAGCAGCAGAAGCAGCAGAAGGGGAAGGAGGCGGAGAACGAAGGGCAGCAACAGAGGCGGAGCAACGGAUCUCUGACGUCAUCUCCCACUGGAAGGCAGACACCGCCCUCUCCGCCCUCUCUGCCCACUCCGCCUUCCCCCCGCCCAGUCCCUCCACGUCCUUCCCCUCCCCCGCGCUCAGCGCGCACCACCUGCUCUCCGCCUUCCCCCCGCCAUCCCCUGACGCUGCCCUGCGCUUCCUCUGCUCCCCCUCCUUCCCCCCGCCCUCCCCUGGGUGGCCCCUGCGGAAAAUCCGCGUGGUGGGGGGGAACCGGCGCCCUGUCUACUCCCCCGUGCAUAGGCUCAGCAGGGGGGGCGCGGGGGGGUCAAGGGGAGGGGGGGAGGCGGGCGGGAAUAGGUGCGGGGGGGAGGAGGGCGCAGGGGGGUGUGGGAAAUGUGGAGGGGAAUACAAGAUGUGUAGGCCUUUGGGAAGGCUGGAGGAGGGAGAGGGGAAUGAAGGGGAGGAGGGUGGGAGGAGAGGAGGGAGGGGAGAUGGGGGAGAGGCGGGGGAAGGGGGUCGAAAGAGGAGUGUGAAGGCGAGAUGGAGCAAGGUGGUGUCGGUGCCUGCUUCCAUGUUCACUCGCACCGAGUUUGACACGAGGAGGACUCGCUCGGAUAAGACAGGGGCGACCGGGGCAACAGCAACAACAGGACGUCCAGCAGCAGCAGCAGCAGCAGCAACGACAAUAAGCCAGCAGGAGGGCGAGAAGGGAAGCAGCAACAAGAGGAAACCGCAGAGCGUUCUGAAGAGCAUUCGGAAGAUUCGACUGCGGCCGGCCGUCAUCCUUCUCGCAUACUGGCGGGCCAUACGUAACAGCACACGGCCAGGCUUCAUCUUCAGCAAGGCAAUCAAAUCCGCACCACAGGCAGACGCGGCAUCCCCCACGAACGAGCAGAUGCGGGUGGAGGUCGCUGGCCUUCAACUCGCUGCUGCUGCCAGGCCUCGCUACUCCGUCGCCGCAAGGUUCCUUGAACGGGCGAUUGAGGAUCCCAAUACCAACUACACCGUUAUCCAGAACACAACCAUACUACUUCCAUCCAACCAGGCAUUAAUCGACACCCUGCUGCGAGUUUGGGAGAACGGAACUGAAUGGGGGCGUACAAUCACAUACAACAUCAUCAGUGGCUUGUACACUCUCCGUCAGCUGCGCCAGCUGCCGCGUAACGCCCAGAUUCCAACAUUGUUGGAAGGUGCAAACCUGACCAAGUUCAAUACUAGGUUCAGUGUGGCGCUUGGUCAGCCGGACACGAAGCUGUUUACUUGGGCAGUGGUGAAAAUUCCCAACCUGCACAACGGGGUGUUUCUCAAAGUGCAUGGUGUGGAUAGAUGGGUUGUGCCACCAGUGGAAUAG